GCAGACAAAAUUGGGUUAACAUUCCAGCUUCCAGGGAUUAAAGAGACGGUCCUUUGAAACAAGUAGGUGGGUGAGUGAAUCAUCGUGGUCAUCAUCAUCUUCAUCUUCUUCUCUUCAGAAUCCUAUUCUAUCUGUUGAUUUUCACUUCUACUUAAGUUGAUUCGAUACAAAAUACACAAAUAGAAAAGAAAAUGUCAGGACCUCAAUGCUGUGCUAACCCACCAACACUCGACCCAGCCAGCGGUUCUGGCCACGUUGAGAAACUGGGCGGCCUCAAUUCUUAUAUCACUGGCCCAUCUGACUCCAAGCGUGCCAUUCUUCUUAUCUCUGAUGUUUAUGGAUUUGAAGCUCCAAACUUGAGGAAGCUAGCAGAUAAGGUUGCAACUGCAGGAUUCUAUGUUGUUGUUCCUGACUUCUUCUAUGGAGACCCCUAUGCCCCCGAUAAUGCAGAUAGACCCAUACAAGUUUGGUUAAAGGAUCAUGGAACGGAUAAGGGAUUUGAAGAUGCAAAGCCUCUGGUGCAAACCCUAAAGAGUAAAGGUGUAUCUGCAAUUGGAGCUGCAGGCUUCUGUUGGGGUGCUAAGGUGGUGGUUCAGCUAGCAAAACCCGAGUUCAUCCAAGCGGCUGUGAUGUUGCAUCCUUCCUUUGUCACUGUAGAUGAUAUCAAGGCGGUUGAGGUUCCAAUCUCAAUACUGGGAGCUGAGACUGACCACCUUUCGCCACCAGCACUUGUGAAACAGUUCGAAGAGGUCCUAAACGCUAAAUCUGAGGUUGGCAGCCGUUGCAAGAUAUUUCCCAAGGUUGCUCAUGGGUGGACUGUGAGGUACAAUGUUGAAGAUGAAAAUGCCGCAAAGUGUGCAGACGAGGCCCAUGGAGACAUGAUUGAGUGGUUCACCAAGCAUGUCAAGUGAAGUGAAGAGCUUGUUAGAUGAUAAAGGCUCACAGGCUGCAUGUAGACUGCUCAGUAUUAUCAGGAAUCUACCUUUUUUAAAUAAAUGAACGGAUUUGUGGUUCGUUCUGGCUUUAAAUAGUUUGGAUAGUAGGUGGUGGCCAGCCCCAUCUGUAACUAUCAUUACAGUUGCUGUUAUUAUUACGAAUGAUUAAGAUUACAUUUGUCACUAUAGCCCACUCUCUUGCUAGGGCUGCCUAUCUUAUGUCAGGUCAGGAAGUUUGGGUGACACCCUCCCUUUACUUUUUAUGUAUUGGCUUUGAAUUUGGUUUACUGUAAUCCUUUUUCAUUUUAAAGAAAAUAGCGGUUACAUA